CUGUUGUCAUCGCUGACUUCUUCCCCCACAUGGAUCUGGUCGGAGUGGCAUCCCCUGAGCCCAGGCUGGCAGCGGCCUGGGGACCCAGCAAGUGUCCAUGGGCUACCCCUCAAAAUACAGUAUCUUGUUCUUUGUCUGAUGUAAUGAGUGAACAGUUGGCUAAAGAAUUGCAGUCAGAAGAAGGAGCUGCCACUUUUCCUGAAGUUGCUGUUGCUGAAGGACCAUUUAUUACUGGAGAAAACACUGACACUUUCAGCGACCUAAUGCUGGCUCAGAUGCUACAGAUGGAAUUUGACAGAGAAUAUGAUGCACAGCUUAGGCGUGAAGAAAAAAAAUUCAAUGGAGAUAGCAAAGUUUCCAUUUCACUUGAAAAUUAUCGAAAAGUGCAUCCUUAUGAAGACAGUGAUAGCUCUGAAGAUGAGGUUGACUGGCAGGAUACUCGUGAUGAUCCCUACAGACCAGCAAAACCAGUUCCUACUCCUAAAAAGGGCUUUAUUGGAAAAGGAAAAGAUAUCACCACCAAACAUGAUGAAGUAGUAUGUGGGAGAAAGAAUACAGCCAGAAUGGAAAAUUUUGCACCUGGGUUUCAGGUAGGAGAUGGAAUUGGAAUGGAUUUAAAACUAUCAAACCAUGUUUUCAAUGCUUUAAAACAACAUGCCUACUCAGAACAACGUCGAAGUGCCCGCCUCCAUGAGAAAAAGGAACAUUCUACUGCAGAAAAAGCAGUUGAUCCUAAGACACGUUUACUUAUGUAUAAAAUGGUCAACUCUGGAAUGCUGGAGACAAUCACUGGCUGUAUUAGUACAGGAAAGGAAUCUGUUGUCUUUCAUGCAUAUGGAGGGAGGUAAAUGAGCAGAAUACCAUCA